UUCCUUUUCCGGUACGACGUGCCACGGGCGUUUGGGUAAUAUUUUUCGUCUUUCAUUCUCGUCAUAAUACGUUAGUUUCAUCGCCUGCGAAUACACAAGCUGGCUUUCAUUGGACAGGGUAAAACUAUUUACUUUAUUAAAAAUCAAUUUUUUUGGAUUAAAUUCAUUCUUUACUAAAAUUAUUCGAUUCGAUUGAUUUUACCUGCAAUCUAUACCCAAUCUGAUGGAAAACGUUAGCUUUUAAACAUUUACAUUGCUUCAUAAAAAUGCUUUUAUACUCUGCAUGCCGACAUCAUUAACGUUUGUACAGUUACCCACUACACACAUUCGUCACCUGCUUCAUACAAAUUAAGCGAUUAAGUAGAUUGAAGCAAGAUUAAAUCUCUGAGCUCCAAUAUAUUACGCAUUUACGGUUUCCACGAGCGACUUAAGCUGAAUUUUCAAAGUACUUUACUGUUUAUAAUCGAACGUUACGAUUCUCAUGAGAUUACGAGUGAAGGGACUCGUAUUGAUUAAUUACGAUUCGGAUGAAUCGACGCGUAUUUCAAUCAGCACAAUCAAAUAAAUGGUAAUAUCGAAAAACGCAAAUUGUUAAGCAUGCUUGUAUGAUCUGCUCGAUCAUCGUAAUUGCGCAUAUACAGAACAAUCGAAAAACCGUCGCCAGGCAUUCUGGGUAAAAUAUCCAUGAGUAAUCAAAAUGGCUGUCUUACAACGAUUUCCGUUCUACGUCUACGUUUGAACGUAAUUCGUGAAACGGUAAUUUUUAAAAUGCAUUAUCCACGAGGUCGUCAGCAAUAAUUAUAUAAAGUUUAGUGAAACGUGAUUUUUCUCAUAUUUUAUAUAGACAUGUGACGUUUUUAUUUUAUUUAAAAGAUGUUUGUAAUAAAGAGGGAGGGAAUAGACGGGGAGGGGAAGUACGUGCUGCGCGCACGCGCGCGCGUUGCAUGAUGGGACGACAGUCAGGAGGACGGUCGGGGAGGGCGAAAGAACGAGUCGAGUUCACAAAAUGGCGGCCGAGCUGAGGCCCGUGACCAUAUAGUACGUGAAAAUUCGAUAAUUUUGCACGAUGUCGCGACUCUAUACAUCAAUGGUCGUUUAACAUUACGAAUACGUGUAUACGCGGUAGUUUAAUUGUUAAAUUAACGUGAUCUUGUGCGUGGUGCGUGUAAUAUCGAGAUAUCGGUGCGACGCGCAGACGGGACGAUGCAGAAAACAUUAGAAUCUGAAUCUGGAAAAGAAUCUGGAUCUGAUUCUGAAAAUGAGAGCAAGAGCGAUAGCUCUUCCUCUGGAAGCAAUACAGGAUCGGGUUCUGGAUCAGAGAGUGACUCUAGCUCCUCGAGUGGUUCCGGGUCUGGAUCAGGUUCUGAUUCUGAGAAAUCAGAGAAGUCGGAUGCACCUGCACAAAGUGAUAGCUUCCAGAGCAAAAGUUCAAAUCACAGCACAGAAACAAAAGUUAGGCUUAAAAAUGAGUCUAGUCGUGAGUGGGAUGAGAAUCCUGAUAUAUAUGGCAUCAGGAGAUCUGGGCGUUCUAGAAAAGAGCCUGAAAGGCUUGCAACGCAACGAGAAAGCGAUAGCGAUAGUCGCAAGAAAUUUAAGAAUAAAAGUUCACACAAUUCGUGGAACUCAGAAACUUCAGAUUCCGAAUCUGAUAUUGAAAGUAGGAGGCCACCCCCUAGUAAAUCGUUGAAUAGACGUGCGGCUCAAAAGGCAAAAGAAAAAGCCAGAGCACGGAAGAAAAGAAUUUCAGAAUCAUCUGAAAAUUCUUCCUUUGACAGUGAUGAUAACAGAAGGCAAGUUACAAGAAGAACUGGUACUGCAGUUAGUUAUAAAGAGGAAAGUGAAGAGAGAACUGACAGUGAAGACUUAGUGGAAGUUGAAGAAGGCAGUACCGCAACUGCAGAACCUGACAAUGCAGAAACAAUUGAACGAAUUUUGGGGCAUAGGAUUGGUAAAAAAGGAGUUACUGGGAAUAUUACUACAAUAUACGCCAUUGAAGAGAAUGGAGAUCCUAAUCCGGUAGAUUUGACGAAUGAAGUAACAGAAGUGCAGUAUCUGAUAAAAUGGAAGGGCUGGUCUCAUAUCCAUAACACAUGGGAAUCAGAUGACUCUUUAAAAGCACAAAAAGUGAAAGGACUUAAAAAAUUAGAUAAUUAUAUUAAGCGAGAACGGGAAAUCAAAAAUUGGAGGGAUUGUGCUGGACCAGAAGAUAUAGAUUAUUUUGAGUGUCAAGUGGAACUGCAGAUGGACCUACUAAAAAGUUACAAUAACGUUGAAAGGAUUAUUGCUGAAUAUAAGAAGCCAGAUUCUGAACACCCAGAUUACUACUGUAAAUGGGAGAGUUUACCAUAUGCUGAGGCAACAUGGGAGGAUGGAAUACUGAUUGUCAAGAGGUGGCCAGAAAAAAUUAAAGAAUUUCGUGAGAGAGAAGAGUCAAAGAGAACACCGAGUAAACAUUGCAAAGUUUUAAAAUUAAGGCCCAAAUUCCAUCAAUUAAAAGGACAACCAGAUUGUAUGGGUAAAGGACGAGAAUUAAUACUUAGAGAUUAUCAAAUGGAUGGACUGAAUUGGAUGAUCCAUUCCUGGUGUAAAGAAAAUAGCGUUAUUUUAGCAGAUGAAAUGGGUCUUGGUAAAACUAUUCAAACGAUAUGCUUCCUUUAUUACUUAUUUCAUACACAACAACUUUAUGGGCCAUUUUUGUUAGUAGUUCCUCUUUCUACAAUGACUUCCUGGCAACGAGAAAUGUCACAAUGGGCACCAGAUAUAAAUUUUGUUACGUAUUUGGGUGAUGUUACUUCCCGUAAUGUUAUCAGAGAAUAUGAGUGGUGUUAUACUUCAAAGAGAUUAAAAUUCAAUGCCAUACUUACCACGUACGAAAUAGUACUUAAGGACAAAACAUUUUUGGGUGCCUUAAAUUGGGCCGUACUGUUGGUGGACGAGGCACAUCGAUUAAAAAAUGACGAUUCCCUUUUGUACAAAGCACUCGCCGAAUUUCACACGAAUCAUCGGCUUUUAAUAACUGGUACUCCAUUGCAAAACAGCUUGAAGGAAUUGUGGGCCUUGUUACACUUCAUAAUGCCUAUUAGGUUUAGUAAUUGGGAAGAGUUUGAGAAAGAACAUGAUAACGCUGCGCAAAAAGGAUACUCCAAGCUGCACAAACAAUUAGAGCCAUUUAUUCUACGACGUGUCAAGAAAGAUGUGGAAAAAUCGUUACCUGCUAAAGUUGAGCAAAUCUUGCGCGUAGAAAUGACGUCUUUACAAAAACAGUACUACAAAUGGAUAUUAACAAAAAAUUAUAACGCUUUGCGCAAGGGUGUUAAAGGUUCUACUAUGACGUUCUUGAAUAUCGUUAUCGAGUUAAAGAAGUGCUGUAAUCAUGCGUUUCUUACAAAACCUACUGAGAACGAAAAAAGGGACAGCAACGAGGAUUAUCUGCAACAAAUAAUUCGCGGUUCCGGCAAAUUAGUUCUUCUCGAUAAGUUGUUAGUUCGAUUGCGGGAGACGGGCCACAGAGUAUUAAUAUUCAGUCAAAUGGUUCGGAUGUUAGAUAUUCUGGGCGAGUAUUUGCAAAAAAGGCAUUUUCCAUUCCAAAGAUUAGACGGAAGUAUAAAAGGGGAAUUGCGGAAACAAGCAUUAGAUCAUUUCAAUGCGGACGGAUCGCAAGAUUUUUGUUUUUUAUUGUCAACUAGAGCUGGUGGUCUAGGUAUCAAUUUGGCUACCGCUGAUACUGUUAUCAUAUUUGAUUCUGAUUGGAAUCCGCAGAACGAUUUGCAAGCACAAGCCAGAGCACAUCGUAUUGGUCAAAAGAAUCAGGUAAAUAUUUAUCGAUUAGUAACAAAAAAUUCUGUGGAAGAGGAAAUAGUAGAGAGGGCGAAGCAAAAGAUGGUCCUUGAUCACCUUGUGAUUCAAAGGAUGGAUACAACUGGUCGUACAGUAUUAGAUAAAAAGAGUGCAGGGACCAAUAACAAUCCAUUUAAUAAAGAAGAUCUAAAUGCAAUUUUGAAAUUCGGUGCUGAAGAUCUAUUCAAGGACGAGGAAGACGGAGACGAAGAGCCAACUUGCGAUAUUGAUGAGAUCUUAAGAAGAGCAGAAACGAGAGACGAAGGACCUUCGAUGGUAGGAGACGAAUUGUUGUCUGCGUUUAAAGUAGCUAGUUUCGCUGCAUUUGAAGAAGAGUCCGAACCCGUUAGUCAACCUAAUGAUAAUGACGAUGAAAGUAAAGAUUGGGCGGAAAUUAUUCCAGAAAAUUUCAGAAAAAAAGUUGAAGAAGAAGAAAAGUCCAAGGAAAUGGAGGAUCUGUAUUUACCACCAAGAAGUCGAAAGACUUUGCAGCAAAUUAAUCAAAGCGAAGGAAGGAGUAGAAAACGAAAGAAGGCUGAUGACAGUGAAGAUGGUGAAGAUUCUGGAAGUGAAGCUGAAGGCAGUGACGAUGAACGUCCUAAGAAAAGAGGUAGACCGAGGGUUACACCUCGAGAAAAUAUAAAGAGCUUUACUGAUGCAGAAAUACGAAGAUUCGUGAAAAGCUAUAAGAAAUUCCCUGCACCAUUGAAACGUCUGGACGACAUCGCUACAGACGCCGAAUUGCAAGAGAAGCCAAUGUCGGAAUUGCGUUUCUUGGGAGAUCAAUUGAGAAGUAGAUGUGAUGCUUGUAUAUCUGAAUUUGAAAGUACUGCCAAAGAAAACAAAGGGGAGGAAGAGGGUAAAGGACCUGGUCGCAAGAGAGGUCGAGGCCCGACGUUCAAAAUUGGCGGAGUUAUGGUUAAUGCGAAAUCUUUUUCGGCUGCUGUAAAGGAACUUGAACCUUUGGAGCAAGUUUUGCCAUCAGAUUCGGAGCAACGAUCCAAUUGGCACAUUGACACUAAAUUUAAACCUGCAAACUUUGACUCCGAAUGGAGUUCCGAAGAUGAUUCUAGACUCUUGAGAGGAAUAUAUCAACACGGUAUGGGUUCAUGGGAAGCAAUAAAAAUGGAUAAUAGUUUAAAACUUGGUGAUAAAAUUCUUCCAAAUAGCAAGCUGCACUUGAAAAAGAUUAAUGCGCGAGCUGAAUACCUUUUAAAAGUACUCAAGAAACAAAUUGAUACCAAACUAGGAGUGACCAAAACUAGAAAACCAAGAAAGCCAAAGGAAGUGAAAUCUGCAAUUACAAAGGAAAUUGUAGAAGAGAACGAUAGUUCAGGCGACGAAAAUAAUAAGACGAAGUCGAAAGUAGAGAAGCCACCCGUAAAGAAAGAAGAAGAAGUUGUUAUCAAAAAGGAAACUAAAGAAGAAAUUGAAGAUGUACCGGAGGAGAAGAAGAAGGAGAAAAAAACUAAGAAGGAGAAGAAAGAGAAUAAAAAGACUAAAAAAACCAAACAAGCUGCCGGGCCAAUGCAUUUUACCGCUAACAAUGAACCGAGAGCUCUUGAUGUUCUCGGGGAUCUAGAUCCGUCUAUAUUUAAUGAGUGUAAAGAAAAGAUGAGGCCCGUAAAAAAAGCGCUGAAAGCUCUAGACAAGCCUGAUCAGUCGUUAAGUGAAGCAGAACAAGUCGCUCACACAAGGCAAUGUCUUGUGCAAAUUGGAAAUCAAAUUAACACUUGUCUAGAAGAAUAUAGAGAUCCAGAACAAAUCAAAGAGUGGCGGAGCAAUUUAUGGUACUUUGUGUCGAAGUUUACAGAAUUUGAUGCGAAAAAACUUUAUAAGUUAUAUAAACACGCGACAAAAAAGGGUGGUGAAAGUAACACAAGUGCCAUGUCCAGUCCAGAAAAGAAGGAAGAGCCUGCUAAUGUCAAGAAGCAUGCUGAUAAAGCGUACGACAAACAUAUCGACAAGCAACAAGUAGAUGCUAACAAAGAAAGUAGGUUACAAAAACGUAGGGUCGAAGAUAUGGAGGAUACUUCUAAUAGUAGCAUGCCAAGUAAGAAACACUUUUCAGCGAUUUCUGCUGUUAGUAAUAUCAGCAAUACAUCUACGGUUACUAUUGGUGCUAUCACUAUCACUCCUAUUACAUCGACUCCAAAUUCUACAUCAAGUACUACUAACAGCACAGACACACCGAAACAUAAAGAAAAAGAGUCGAAACACAACAAAGAUGUUAAAAGAGACAGGGACCGCGACAGAGACAGAGACCGAGCACACAGCGACAGAACUAUGGACAGAAUGAGCGGUGGAAAAGAUGAGAGAAUUAGGAGAGACAGUGGUGGUUACAGUAUAAGUGGCCAUUACAGCGGCAGCAGAGAAGACGACCAUUGGCUGUCACGCGAUGGAAGAGAUAUGAGGGAUGGAAGAUUUGGGGAUCACAAGCGAGAUCGCUUCGAGUCUUACAGCCGAAUGUCCAGCGGAUACCACCGUGAUAGAGACAGGGAUCGUGAUCGAAAUAUGCAUAUGACUGAUAAGAGAAGUGACUAUUACAGAUAUCCAUCGGGACCGCCAAGCUAUGGUUAUGGUCCAGGAGGAUAUGGCGGUGGAGGCGGCGGUGGUUACCCUCCUUCGGAUAUUCCUCCAAGUCAUUUUCGAGGGCGGGCAUAUCCCGGAGAUGGUUAUCCCAGCGACUGGCGACCAAACAAGGAUUACAGACGAGACUAUGAUAGAAGACCUCCUCCACCAAACGCCAACUCCUAGUGUUCCUUCCUUGUUACCGUACUCGAAUGCGUUGUCGAACGGUUAUAAUCAUCGACGGAGCCUUGUGUUGUUCUACCUGACUGAGCAUUGUACAUUAUUGCUCGCUUAAAUGUGGCUAUAUGCUAAAUUCUUUCACAGUUUUAUUCUGUGAUUUAGUACCACUCGUGACUUGUACCUAUGUAUAAAAAGUCUUAUUCCAAAAUGCUUACUUAAAAUAUGCAAAAGGAAGAGAGAGAAUCUUGAAAAAUUAGGAAUCUACCAUGAGUCCCUUUCAGAUUUUUUGAAGGAGAGGUUAUGCAAGAUAUGGGUAAGAUAAGAUAAUGCCGGCAAGUGUGCUGGUACAUAUAUUCUUAGUGUACAAUUAAUACUUCUUUUUUUAUAUAUAUCUUGCAAAACACAGUGAUAACGAGUCCUUAAGUUUGUAUUCGCUAACAUUUUUGCCACACGCGAAAUAUUUACUUUUAUGUACUCGGAGACCUUUUAUUACAGUGCAAUUAUAGCAAGAUUAGUUCGAUAACGAACGAGAAAUCAAAUUUGUUUCUUUUUUUUUUUAAUGUAUAUUGUUUCGUACAUACAUUUGAAAUUUGUUGAUUUUUGAAACUCUACGCCUUCCUAAAUCUCAUGUAAUAUAUUUUGCAUUUUUUUCAAUAGUAAUCAUGUAUGUUCGACAGAUAUUUAGCCUGUAUACAGUUAAUCAUUAAUUCAGACUACAUACUGUACGUUUCUCAGCAUGCGUCUUCUGACUUUUACAAUUGAUUUUGUAGUUUCAUGAUUUAUCUAGUAUUGAUUGAUACCUUGUUGUACUGCAAUAAGUAUUAAGCUGUCAGCGUUUUACUUAACACAAUGAUGUUUGUAAAAUUGUACAAAUUAGUCGACAUUAUAUCAAUUUUCUAUCAGCUGAAAAAACUUCAUCGAGAUCUUGCAUCAGAAAAGAAAAGAAAAAAAAACUACAGCUAUGUAGUAUAAACUUGGCGUCUUUCCAUGACAGUAUAUAGUCUACAUGAUUCUGUAUUGUCUCGAUAAACGCAUGUAUUUAUUGUAAAAUUAGGAACAAAACGAUAAAAUAUGAUACUUGACGAACACGUAUAAUCAAAUAAUGUCGAAAGGAGCGAAAACACACAAAAGAAAUACACUAACUUACUUCUCUUUUAUAGGAUUUAUACUUUCGCGAUUGAAAAGUAGAUAAGAAUUCUAUUUUUGCGUUCAUUCUUUUAAAGUACCAUAGUUUUGUAUCCUAUUCUGAAACGAUGUGAGAUAUUGUAAAUAUUAGCAUAAGACUAUAGUUAUAUUCGAUGUAUAUUUAACUAUGGAGUUACUGAGAUAGUAUUCUGCUUUUUUGUAGAAAGAAUAAAUGAAAAUGUCUAACUCACCCUCAGUUUCUGCUUCGGUUAAGAAUGGUUGAAUAUAACUAUGAUAACGUGAUUAGAGAACGGGAUAUGAGUUUUUAACCAUUCAACGAUCAAUAUCUCUAAAAAGAGUAUUAAAAAAUAUUUCUUACUUAAAUCUUAAAUUAUGGUAAGGCUUUGUAAAGUGCAUAAAUUUUUUGCGAGAACAUUUGUAUUUUGCCGUUUAUCAAUUAGGAUGCUACAAAAUGAUAAUCAAUUGCGCUAUAUUUCAGUAAACAACAGAAAUACACUUGCGAAUUUUAUAUCCGUGAAGAAGAAAAAUAUGAAAGUGAUGAGCUUUUUUGUAUGUAUGUACGCAUUAAUUUCUUUGAACCUAAGAUCAUAAGAAUCUAAGAACAACCGGUAAGAACAGGUAGCAUCAUUUCUUUUCUACUGCCCAAAUUUCUUAUUUAAUCGAUGUCUUGCCUAGGCUGAAAACAGACAAAAAGAAAUUAUUUCGUAGAUUAUAACAUUUUACAAUUUUAGCGUGCAUUUCUGUAAAUAGUAGUGCAUACACAUGUGAUGGUGUUUGGCCAGAAUUAAGUAACAAAUUGUGUGAAUUAUGUUAAAGGAUAUUUUGUGUCUCUCGUACAUACAUGAAAAGAAAAAGCAUUGAUUCAUUGAAAAUCACAUCACCAUAGAAAUCUGCUAGCUUAGGUUUUUAAUUGCAAAGUGAUAUUCUAAACAGUGAGCUAUUUAUAAUUUAUUACUAGCCGAAUACAAACCGUGAAUAAUGAGGCAAAGUAUGUUGUAAAUAUAAUAUAAGAGAAUGAAAUAAAUGAUGUAGUAAAAUAAUUUAAUACCGUAUAAUUAAAAUGGAUCAUAUUUUAUUACUUACGAAGGUACAUUCAAUUAAUCGCUUGAAAGAAGUUAAGGAAACAUAAUAAACGUUGUUCACCGUC